CCAUACAGCCCGGAAAACAUACAACAACCCUGUGAUCCUGGCCAUGAAAGCCUUUGACAACACACUAAAUGGAACCUACAUGUUAAAAGGCAAUACAUCUAAAAUAACAUGAUAAUUAGAUACAAAACUCAAGAAAAAAAAGAAUGCAUGCAAAGGAUGAUUGAAGGGGAUACUUGUACUAAUGAUGCUGGGUGGAGACUGUAGGGAGAAGAAUAAACAUCACUUCUGAAUUGUUGGGGAACACAUAUAGUUAGUUAAUGGGGAGUGUGAAGCUUGUAAUACAAUAAUUAUUGUACUUUGUUUACCGCCCUUACUGUCCGCCACUUCUUGAAUAUCAUUAGCCCUAUUCUGGGUGGCCAUGUGUAGUAAGUAGGCAAGGAUGAAUUAGAAAGUCUGAAUCAUGCACCCUUUCUUUAAGACAAAGAGUUACACCUUGGGUUAGAGAUGCUGUUUGCUUUGCUGUCUCCACAGUAUCUUGUGAAGGCUAUUUUUUUUCCAGAAACACCUAUUUUGAUUGUACAGUCAUAUGUAUGAAAUAGGAUCAGAGGUGAGUACAGCUCUUCCCAUUAUCUUGGUAGCACACAGAGAAACUAAAAAACGUUUUAAUUCAAAAUGUUAUUUUCUUUAGCAGUAGCAACAUCAGAAGUAUAUGAACCAGUGCGGGCUCUAUGAUUUGCUGGGGAGAUCCUCCUCUAGGUCCUGCCACUGUCUCCCAAGGAGAUUAGGCUGACUGGCUGGCACAAUGGCCUACCCUGGUGACGCGAAUGCUAACCUUUACUUUGACCUCUUUCAUCUGCUGAGAAGUGAACAGCCCAAUGAAAACAUCCUGUUCUCACCUUUGAACAUCUCAACAGCCUUGCACCUAUUGUACAGUUGUAGAGGGGACUGGGCUGAACAGGCUGAAAUGCCAACUGAUUUCAAUCAAGACAACCAGGACCUGCAUUCAAGAUCUGAGCCGGAUUUAGAAGAGUCACCAAAUUACUAUGCCUUGGAAGCCAGUCAGAGAUGGGAUUCCAUGCAUAAGCAAAGAGCUCAGGAGGCUCUGCCUAAGUCUUUGGAAGAAGACUGUGAGGUUCGUGAAACAAAGGAAAAGCCUUCCAUUGCAUCUCCCCUUCCAGCUUUUGAGAGGGAUGCUAGACAAGAUGGCAGCAAUUUGACCCAUGCUCUCCCAUCUAGUGUUGGCCAUUCUGUUAGUAGUGAAAGUGUGUCAUCUCAAUAUCUUCUUUGGCGCAAAUUAAUCCCUAACCAUAGAGCUGUUGAAGAUUUUAGUCGAGAAGAGGUCCCUCCUGAAAUGGAAGCUUCUAAGGAAUUAGCCAGUGGUUUAGAAAACCCGAAAGAAUCAGUCACACAAAGUAACAUGGCUGUUGGAGGUGUAAGAUUACCUUCUUUUUACAAUGUUCAAGGACCUGCAAGAAGUAGACCCAGUGCUUUAUUCCAACCAUCCAGAUUUACUGCAUAUGAAGGGAUAUAUAACAAUACUUUAACAAAACUAGGGACCUCUUCUCAGAUGUUCCUUCCAAAUUCACAACCAUCCAGAUAUACUGCAUAUGAAGGGAUAUAUAACAAUACUUUAGCAAAACUAGGGACUUCUUCUCAGAUGUUCCUUCCAACUUCACAGCCAUCCAAAUAUACUACAUAUGAAGGGAUAUAUAACAAUCCUUUAACAAAACUAGGGACCUCUUCUCAGAUGUUCCUUCCAAGUUCACAACCAUCCAAAUAUACUGCAUAUGAAGGGAUAUACAACAAUGCUUUAACAAAAUUAGGGACCUCUUCUCAGAUGUUCCUUCCAACUUCACAACCAUCCAAAUAUACUGCAUAUGAAAGAAUAUGUAACAAUACUUUAUCAAAACUAGGGACUUCUCAAGCAUUUCUUCCAGCUCCAGAGUUAGAUAAUAGACAGCUAAUAACAGGAAGGCAUUAUUUCAAGACUACAUCAGGUACUCCUUUGAUGUUCUAUACUAAAGAUGAAAGUUUACUAAGAACAGACAAUGAGAAUGAUCUCCCAAGCCAAGAACAAUCUUCUUUGGAAGAAACAUUAGAGCCACAACAGGGAAGCCCACUUGGAAACCUGGAGAAAUUAUCUAUAAUAGAAAAUAUUGUUCCUUCAGAGAAAUUCUUAAUUUCACCUGUUUCUUCUAUGGAAACGGGUGCAGGACAUAUGCAAAAAAGUGAAGUUCAGGAGAAUAGUCAUCAUGUUGACUAUAUGGAAAAUGAGGAUUCUGAGACAGAAUUCAGUCCUCCAUUUGCAACUGAUUAUCAUGAACCGGAGUGGUGCAACACUUCAGUUCAGAUUCCAGAAGAUACCAUCAACCAAAAAACAAGUGAGGACCUUUCAGGAGAAGAAGGAACCUCCAAUCAGAUUGCCUCAUCCAAUGCUUGGUCAACUGAUAGGCUGAUAUCCAGCACUGGGGACCAAAGAGUGGCCUACAGCUCAAGCCCACCUAUCUCUAUGUCACAGUACUUUUCCUAUGACCUUCCCUGGUAUAAAUACCUCAGAGGAAGAGAAAAGAGGGAGACUGUAGUAGAAUUCUUCCAUUUUAUGAAGCAACAUGAAUUUGAAAAUAUAAUGGCACCUCUUGAGAGCAGGAGGUAUAAAAGAUGGGCCUAGAUAUAAAGUCACCUUUUUACUACAGAACCCAUGGUGCAUCUCUGCUCUUUGUAGGCAACCAUAAUGCCAAUGUGGCUAUCUAUGAAAAUGGCUUUGAUACCCCGUUUAUAGCAAUUUAAUACUUGUUGAAAAGUCACAAAGGCAAUUUGUUUCACUAGCUAAUGUGACACUUUCAAAAAUAAUUAAUUAUGAUAUUCCUUAGUUAUUAAUUACAGUAGAGUCUCAUUUAUUCAACAUAAACGGGCCGGCAGAACGUUGGAUAAGCGAAUACGUUGGAUAACAAGGAGAGAUUAAGGAGAAGCCUAUUGAACAUCAAAUGAGGUUAUGAUUUUACAAAUUAAGCACCAAAAACAUCAUGUUAUAUAAUAAAUUUGACAGAAAAAGUAGUUCAAUACGCAGUAAUGCUAUGUAGCAAUUACUGUAUUUACGAAUUUAGCACCAUAAUAUCAUGAUAUAUUGAAUAUAUAUUGAUAUAUCAUGAUAUAUUGAAAAAUGUGUUGGAUAAUCCAGAACGUUGGAUAAGUGAGACUCUACUGUAUAGGGAAAAAUUGAGGACUUUGCUAGUUAUUCUGUCCACAUUAUCUGCUUUGAACUGUAUUAUAUGAGUUUACACUGCCAUAUAAUCCAGUCCAAAGCAGAUAAUCUAGAUUUUAUAUGGCAGUGCAGAAGGGCCCGCAUAUAAUCCUGUUCUCUGCUUUAAUAAUCUGGAUUAUAUGGCAGUGUCUAAUAAUAAUAAUAAUAAUAAUAAUAAUAAUAAUAAUAAUAAUAACAACAACGACAACAACAACAACUUUAUGUUUAUACUCCACCACCAUCUCCCUGAAGGGACAUAUGGGACAGAAAGUCCAACAGACAUAAAAGCAAACAAUCCAUUAAAACAAAGCCACCACUAAAAUAAAAUAAGAACAUUGUAAAAUAAAACAAUCCAUAUAAACAUAAUUAAACACAAGAGAGGCCCUCGUUACUUUCAAGUUCUUCUGAAUUGUUAUUAAUUACUGCAUGGAACUCUGUAACAACACUGGAUUUGUGUUUUUUUUAAAAAGUUUUAUUGUUGCCUGUUUCUGCAAUAAUUGUUGAUUUGUUAGGUUAGACUUGGCUAGGCCUAAACCUGUUGCUUAAAUAGUUUAAGAAAUAAUUGUUAUCAGUGAGGUGCAUGCCAUUAAACAGAAAGCAUAUUAAUUUUGUUAAAUUACAAACGCGAUUUACAAUACUUAAAGUACUUUAAAAGGCCAGUGAUAGAGUAGUUUAAAACCCAUGAAAUAAUAUUUUUUGUGUUUAAAAUUUUAAACACCCGUUUUCAAAAAUAAUUUUCCAAAACUAUAAUGAAUUCAGGGUAAUUAAUGUCCCCUGCACUCUGAUAAAGAAGCAGCCAUGGGAUAACAGAAUUAAGAAACCAAGAAGUCAAUAAGCUAACAGGUAUAGCCAUUUAAGAAACAGAAACCUAAAAGGGACAAUGCUAACAAAAGAGCCAGAGAAAUAUGUACCCCAAAGCCUUCAUUUUGACCAAGCAUCUAUAUAACUUGGCAAAAGUUACAUGAAAAUAUAACAUCCCUGCUUUUCAGACUGGCUACUUCAUCAUGGAUUACAAUGAAAAAUCUGGAACAAGAGAAGAGAGAGAUGUUUACCGCUUUGAAGAAAUGAGGCAUAUAGAUGGGAUUAAUAAAAUACAUAAAAAUAUAAGAAUGGGAUAAACAUCGAAUGCUGCAACUGAGUCAGCAAGAACCACAGUGGCCCCUUAUAUUUAAAAAUAAUAUGAUGAAAUGUCAUUGGGAAGGAUGAAAGACAAAGUCACUCAAAAAGGGUGUGUUGGGAAAAAAGGAAGAGUGUCUUUGAAAGGCAAUUUAUAUACUUGUUUGGAUUAGAAAGAGACUUGUUUAAAAUGCAUUGAUUUUACUGGAUGCAGAAAAGGUCUUGGAGAGUAUGGGCUGCUCUUUCUUAUCUAGAAUUUUGGAAUAAAAGUAUUUUGGUGAGAGAAUAGUGGGUAUCAGGAUUGAAAAGAGAAAUGUGUAAGUUGAGCAUUUGCCAAUGACUUGGUAAUGUUUCGGAAAGUAUUUUGAAAGGUAUAGCGUUAAUGGGAAAAUGAAAACAAUUUUGUAAACUGGGAAGUAUUAAGAUUAAUAAUAAAAAGAGAGAGAGGUUGACAAAAAAGAAAAAGAAAACGAAAGAUCAAAGAGAAUUAAUGGAUAAGACCGGUUUUAAAAUGCAGAAGUAAGCAAAACACUCAGGUAUCAUUAUGAGAAAUACGAAUUGUAUACUGUUUCAGAAUAACAAGCUUAAGAUGUGCAAUGAAAUUAAGAAUGAAAUGGCCUGAAGCGAGAAACUAAACUUGUAAAUGUUGGAAAGAAUUUCAUUAAAAAUGAAUAUGU